AUGUGGAUUUUGAGCUGUGCCGCUGAUGGGGCGAACUAUGAUUUUUGUAGAAAAUACUUCGGCCGCGAGUCUUUGACCAUCUGGAGAAAAUAUCAAGAGAAUGGUGACUUUGAGCGCUGCAACAUGGGUUUGAAUCCCAUUGAUAACACGGUGGGGGCCAGAUUCCCGAACACACGCCACGUCACGUGCUACAACUUAAGCGGGACUCUAACUCUAAGUUACUCGACCAAUGAGCAGCAAACAAGUCAUUUAAAAGGAUACUCGUGGAUUCUCGUAGUGCUAGUGAUCAUCCCAUUUUUCUUCACAUUCUGAUGGUAGGGUUGCUCCUAUUUUCUACUGAGUUUGGUUCGAGGGUCAUCCUAAUUAUUUUGAGCUAGUGUUGAUCCCAUUAUUUUCAGAGUACUUUGUCAAAUCUGCCAAUAUAUUUGAUUUUAUUUAAUCACGUUUUACUUGCACACUUUACAUUUUUCUCUCUCCCGUUGAAAUUAAAUAAGCUAUUAAACAG